AUGUCUUCAAAUUCCACUCCCCGCUGCAACCAUUCGUCUGCUUCGGUGACUUGUUCGCAAAACGCCGCGAAAGCAGGGUUCAAAAGACCAGACACAAAACAGCGCCUUGCAGCAACAAGGUCUGAUAAGCCGUCAAAAAUUCAUGAUUUCAAAUCAAUACCAGCUGAUGAUCCCUGGACUUUCCCAGCUCCCUUACUACUGCCGGGCGAUGAUCUCAGUGAAGACCCUGAGUAUCCACCGCAGAGUUUUCAAGAAUGGCUCGAUGAAGAAGACCGCAACCCAGUGUCCGCAAAACGUAAGACGGUAUAUGUAGUCACUGCACCGGAAAUUGAGGAUGAUGUUCAGUUCAUGCGGACAUGGGACAACCGUCUUGGUGACAGACAUCAUGUCGCUCAACCCUCGGCUGAGGCGAUCCUCGACUACCUACAAGCAUUUUACCAUGGCCUACCUGUCAAGUCUCUACCUCGAUUAACUCCUGCAUUUACCGCAUGGGAUGAGGAGCCUAAGACAAAGCGAAAGCCGCGUCAGCCGCGUCAGCCGAAAUACAUCGCUCUAAAGUUCGGAAAUGAGUGUGUUCGUAUCCGCAUUCGCCCAUCGCCAGACGGGAUCUUUGGUGGUCAACUGAAUCUGGAUGAUCUACUCGAUGCCGCUAUAGCCAUGCUACCCAAAGAUGCAUAUGCACUGUUGCUUCUGGUCCAUCAGGAUCUCUACGAAGAUGAGGAUGACGAAUUUGUCUGCGGCCGCGCUUAUGGUGCGAGCAGAGUCGCAGUUGUCUCGAGUGCGAGAUACAACCCAGCAUUGGACGAACAUCAAUCUGUUGAAAGGCUCCAUGCCUGGCCAGCAUCGCACUGCGAAAAUUACAUUGCCACGUGCUUCACAACGUCUGGACCCAAGGUAAAACGACAAAAGACAUCGAAGCCAACAAAGCCAAUCGAGAUCAAAGACUCCAGCUCUAUUUCGUCUUCCCCGUUGAUGGCCGCAAUGUCCAUCUAUCGAGACUUGGAAACCACCAACCGGUCACCAUCAGCUCUUUCUACUCUCUGGCUGGGUAGAAUGUGUCGGACUGCCGCACACGAGCUCGGCCACUGUUUUGGUAUCGACCAUUGCGUCUACUACGCCUGUGCUAUGCAAGGAACCGCUUCAAUCCGCGAAGAUGCUCGACAACCUCCUUUUCUCUGUCCAGUAGAUCUGGCCAAACUCACACAUGCAACUGGAGCUACGGCAGCCCAAAGAUAUAAGGCUCUCCUUGAUUUUUGCGACAGGCCUGAAUACGGAGAGUGUCUCUUCUUUGCACCCUUCGCAGAGUGGAUCCGAGGGAUGUUGGGCACGACAUUGCAAUGA